AGAUGACCUUGCGCUAGCUUAAUUAUUGGGCGCUUAAUUGUAUUUCGCAAUGUUACCCGUGACACUCCUCAAGGCUGCAACGAAUCUUCCUAUGCUUGUUGAGUUGAAAAGUGGUGAAACUUAUAACGGUCACCUUGUUGCUUGCGAUGACUGGAUGAACAUUCAUCUUAAAGAAGUUAUUUGUACAUCUCGAGAUGGGGAUCGCUUCUGGAAAAUGCCAGAGUGUUAUAUUCGUGGAAGCAUAAUAAAAUAUUUACGGAUUCCAGACGACGUAAUCGAUAAGGUUAAAGAGGACUUGCAGCUAGCCAAAAUGCGUAAUCGCUCUCAGUCUGCAGACACUGGGCGUGGGAGUUUUCAUAGAAAUAAGGCUAGAGGUCGGGGUGGUAAUGCUCCUAAUACUCGAGGUCGUGGUCCAGGGCGUGGCGGGAGUGUACCUGGUGGUCCUGGUCGUGGUGGAGGAUUUCGUGUGUGAUGUGAUCUGGUCUAUUUGUGUAUAAACCAUGUCUGCUUGAAAUACAAAUACAGCGGGGGCUGAUUAUUGAUUUCUGGACUCAAGGGAAGGACAAAGAGGAAGUGGGGGACUGUGAACCAGCAAGAGCUUAGCCUCGACUCGAGGAAUCUGAUUGGUGUUUCUGUAACGCGAUAUCGGACAGCCAGUCAAAUUGGAGCACGUUGGUUUCUCAGAUGAAUAACUCUAACUAAGAGGUCUAAUCCGUAAAGUAG